AUGAGCCAGUUUCAAUUAUUUCCACCACCGGCGCCAGAGGUGAAGCCGCAGAACCCGUUUCGCAAGGGUGUCCUCAAACCUACUAUCUCAAAGGCGGACCCGGGACCUUCAAUACACGUUGAUGAAGCCAAACGCUCACCUCAAACGACCGAGUCGGUGCUGUUUCAAAUCAUCGAAGAUACAAAGACCCUUCCACCUCCACCUCCACCUCCAGCCCACCUCGCACGAGCGAAAUCCCCAGCAAAGUCGGUCUCAUCAAAUGACUCCCAAUCUGCACGUAGCCGAAGUCGUCCAGACAACCAGUCGAGCCACAGAGCAUUGCCUUCUCAGAGUAGCUUGAGCAAUAGCAGUGGUAGUUUUCGAACGAACACUUCGGUUACAUCGCCCGAGUCGUCCCAGUCAUCCAUUUCUCCAGCUCCAAUGAUGAAAUCAAUAUUUCCCCAAUUCGAUCCGAAUCUCCCCCUCAAUGAACAAAGCUACCACCCCCAGGUGCCCAGCAGCGCCCCUACUUCCAAAGGGAAGGCAUCUCGCCGGCCUAAACUCACGCUAUCACCAACAUCUGAGAUUGAUCAAGUUCUUGGGCCCAAGACUGUACCCGCUAGUGUGCUCAACUUUCCAACUGGAGUUUUGGAUACUGAAGAGGCCCGGUUUUCUUCGCCACGGGAGCUGGAGAUGUUAUGGGAAGCCGCUAAUGGCCAGCGACCCCAGGACCUUUUCGGAGCAUUCAAUCUACGUUUUACAAAAACGGGACCAGCAACCUUCGCAUUCGGCAAUUCUGAACAACCAUUCUAUAAACUUUCAACAUACUCGAAUAACGAAUUGGCUAUCUCCCGUUGUGCGCCAUCAAACCCCGAGAAUGACGUCCCUAUCAUGACAUUAAGUCUUGAGAACCGCAGUCGCCGUGACCACCCCAAUGAUGGACUUGUAGCUCUUCUUUUCUCACGCUUAGCUGCCAUGCUUGCAAUUGAGCAGGCAGAAGAAGUCAGUAAACAACACAGCCUUUCAGGCUCCGAAUCAAGGGAUGUCGAAAGAGAUGCCCUCAAGCGCGCCGCAGCUCAAGAGUCUUGUCGGCUAUCUUGGAAUCGCAACCUGAGACUGUACGAGCUUCGACAUCCCUCGCUCUCCAAAAAGCAACCCCCGGCGCUCGUAGGGGCUGUGGGUAUUCCACUUUCUCCUGUGCAGGCUCAAUCAUCCGGUAUCCUCUAUAUCACAGUUUCUACCACAUCUAGCGAUAGCAGCAACCAACAGCCACCGACCAUCAUUGUUACAGGUCCGGUCUCAUUUUCAUCUAUAGAGGCCGCACGGCAAGCUGCUAACCCCCGUACAUCCGUCCUACCUGUAACGGACUCCGAUGAACCACUUGCGACCUUGGACUUUGCCACUCGAACACUAUCUAUCUCUCCUGCAGCCGUUAUCGCUACCAUCCCAUCACUAUACGCUGUUGACUCUCUUAUUGCUGCAAUGCUAGCCGUGGCUGUAUCAGAUGAGGCUACCAAUCCCAUUCUUGCAAACAUGGAACUUGGAUCUCCCAAAUCGAUGGUCUCCAGCAUCACCCCAAAGUCACGCCAAGGGAUGCCAUUCCGUGGGAAGCUGAUCACAACCCAAGCAGAACGUGAAGAUUAUGCCGAAAGCCUUGAUCUGGCAUCUCAAAUCGAGAAUGCCAACGCCAAACAGGCUGGGUCAAAAAGGAAAGCCUUUCUCAAAUUCUGGGAUCCUCCCAAGUCCACUCUGCAGAGCAGCGAGCCAAAUUCAAAGUCUAAGAAGAAUCAAAAGACUCAGAAGAUUGUGGUUGAGGAGUUCGAUCUGGAAAAAUAUGGCCGGUACGGUGGCUCUUCGACGCGCGAAGGAGAGAAGCUGCCGGGUCUGGUCAGGGGAAUAUUGAAGAUUCUCUUCUUCGGCUUAGACUUGAUUGUGAAAUCAUUGACUCUUUUGGUGAAGAUCUUAGCGUGGAUUCUGGUUAAUUCUACACGCUGUUUGACCAGUGAGAAGUUCUAA